UGAGCCAAUACAGUACAGACCAGUUCGUUACAGUGGCGACGAGAAUCACUGGACUUGAAGAGGAGGUGGAACAUUUGGCACAAGUAUGGUACAUGGAGCGUUGGGUGAGUUUGAUCCGGGCAAUGAAGGAAUCGGAAGUUACUUGGAACGGUUUGAUUUUUACUGUGAGGCAAAUGGGAUCUCAGCAGCGGAACGGAAGAAGGCUGUUUUUCUGUCAACUGUAGGCCAUGGCACGUUUGAUAUAAUUAAGGAUCUGUUACACCCAGUGGGGCUUUCUGAUGCGUCCUUGGCCGAAAUAAGAGACAGUUUACUUCGGCAUUUCAAGCCUCAAAGCGUGGAAAUAGCGGAACGGUUCAAAUUUUUCAAGCGGACACAACAGUCGAAUGAGUCUGUGAGUGAGUAUAUUGCUACGCUGAGGAAAAUGGCCAAGGAAUGUAAUUUCGGUGACUAUUUGAAUACGGCGCUCAGGGACCAGCUCGUAUGUGGAAUGAAAGAUGUCAAGUGUCAGCGAGAGCUGUUGAGCAAGUCUGAUCUGACAUUGGAAUCUGCCCUGCAGCAGGCCAAGGCCAUGGAGGCGGUGCAGAGAGAGGCUUCUUGUUUCAGCGGAGAGGUGGCCGCGGCUGCUAACCGGGUGGCCAGUGGGCCGCAGCGGACCAUCAGAAGCGCCCAGCCCGGGCACAGGGACGCGCCGACAUCAGCUGACUCAGCUAACAGGCGUCUUCAGUUCACCACCAGGGAGUGUCUGGAGAGCAGCCUGAUGAUGACAGCGGCGCGGUGGAGCCGGUCCUGCUGGAGAACUUGUCGACUCCGAGUCAGCCGGUGUAUGUGGUUAACCGCGCCCAGGCAACUCCCGAUCGUGGUCGUCCAUGGAUCGGCUCCAUGCCUCCUGGGUCGGAACUGGCUGGAGAAGAUGCAGAUCUGCUGGUCUGACGUGCACGCGCUGAGGACUUCACAUCUACAACGACUCAAAAGCAAGUAUGGCUCUGUGUUUCGUGAGGGGCUGGGCACAUUGAAAGGUGUAGAAGUCAGGCUUGAUAUCGACAGAAGUGUUGUUCCUAAGUUUUUCAAAGCUCGCUCUUUACCAUUUGCGUACAAACAGAAGGUUGAGGAUCAGUUAGACGCAGACAUUGCUAGUGGUGUGCUGGUCCCAGUUAGGAACAGCCGCUGGGCAGCGCCCAUUGUACCAGUCGUGCGGCCUGACGGGCGCAUUCGUGUCUGUGCGAAUUUUAAACUGACUGCAAACAGAGCUGUGAAACUUGACAAGUACCCACUGCCCAAGACAGAAGAAAUGUUUGCAAAGCUAGGAUCGAAGAAAGUCUGGUCCAAAAUUGAUUUAGCACAGGCCUACAAUCAGGUUAAGAUACAUAAAGACUCACGAGAUAUUCUCACCAUCAACACUUCUCGUGGGCUCCUGCAGUACACCAGGAUGCCAUUUGGAGUAAACUGUGCUGUAGGAGUUUUCCAGAGGGAGAUAGAGCGCGUUUUGAGCGGCAUUCCAGAUGUGGUUGUUUACCUUGAUGAUGUGCUCGUUGGCAGCCAGUCAGAGGAAGAACACUGGAAGGUGCUGGGAUCGAUCUUCAGUCGACUGGAGGCUGCUGGACUCCGAGUUCGGGAGACCAAGUGCGCGUUCUUUCAAGACAGCGUGGAGUAUCUGGGACAUCACAUGAGCAGGGAUGGAAUUCGGCCGACGUCAGACAAGGUGAAGGCUAUCGUGGAUGCCCCCCGCCCCGCUAAUGUGACUGAGCUCAAGUCUUUCCUCGGACUUGUUACAUACUACUCGCGAUUUAUAGCGCAGCGUGCCGAGGUCUUGUCUCCCCUGUAUGACCUUUUAAGGGCAGGGGCCAGCUGGACAUGGGGGCCUUCACAAGAGAAGAGUUUUAAUUCUGUGAAAGACGCUCUGGCCUCCCACACUUUGUUGGUUCAUUUUGAUCCAGAAAAACAGCUGAUUCUUACCACCGAUGCAUCAUGCAGGGGGGUCGCUGCAGUAUUGGCUCAUCUCGAUGAUAAUGGUGUAGAGGCGCCGAUCGCUUUCGCCUCUAGAAGAUUGUCUGUAGCAGAGCAAAAGUACAGUCAAAUUGAGCGUGAGGGCUUGGCGGUCAUCAUGGGAGUAACCAAGUUCCACCAGUAUCUGUGCGGGGUAACUCGACCAUUCUUCCUCGUCACGGAUCAUAAGCCGCUCUUCAAGUUGUUUGGGCAGCAUGAGGCGUUGCCUGAGAUGGCGUCUGGGCGAAUCAGGCGCUGGGCUCUCAAACUGUCUGGUUAUAAUUACCGCAUUCAGUUCAAGCGAACACAUGAGAUUGCCAAUGCCGAUGCGCUGAGCAGGCUGCCCAGUCCUUACAUUGAAGGAGCGCAGCCGGAGGAACUGGUUCUUCAUGCAGAUGAGGACUGGUCUGGUGCUGAGGUCGGGGAAGCAGGUCCUCAGCCUGAAGAGUUGGAGCUGUUGACAGCGCAAAGCUGGUUAGAUGCGAAGCAGGUGGCCAAGCUGACCAGCAUGGACCCAGUGUUGUCGAACGUUGUGCGCCUUGUACAGUUUGGAGGGUGGCCCACUCAAAUUCCGGAAUCGCUCAAAUGUUUCGCCCCUAAAAAGGAUGAACUGUCACUGACGGCUGGGGUUCUGCUAUGGGGUCAUCGUGUUGUGAUUCCAGAUGCUGCCCGCAGAGCUGUGCUGAUGGAGCUGCACGUCGGACAUCCGGGCAUCGGCAAGAUGAAGGCGUUGGCGAGGAGCGUCGUCUGGUGGCCCGGCAUCGACCAGGAUGUGGAAGCAGUCGUCGGAGGGUGCACUGCGUGCCAGGAGAGUCGUGACUCGCCACCGCAUCGUGAGUUACAUCCGUGGCCGUGGCCCACGAAACCCUGGUCCCGCAUUCACGCGGAUUUUGCCGAGCCAGAGAAGGGGAAGUAUGUGUUGGUAGUUGUUGACAGUCAUUCUAAGUGGAUAGAGGCAGAAGUCAUGUACAGUACCGCAUCGGCUCCGACGAUCAAUAAAUUCCGGGCUAUGUUUGCGAGAUGGGGAUUGCCGGAUAUGAUCUGCACUGAUAAUGGGACAACUUUUACCUCGACUGAAUUUCAACAAUUCUUGAGAGAGAACGGCAUUGUGCAUCGCACGAUAGAGCCCCGUCACAGCCAGGGUAAUGGUCUCGCAGAGCGAGCCGUCAAGGAGGUAAAGUUGGCCUUACAAAGGGAGUCUGAUAGCGGCGGACCGUGGGACCUGAGACUCACCAGAUGGCUGAUGAGACAGCGCACAACACCUCAUUCAACAACCAUGGUGACACCCGCUGAACUAAUGAUGGGUCGCAGGCUUCGCACACGGCUAGAUCUGUUGUUUCCAGAUAUAGGCAAGACAGUCCUUCAGCAGCAAAACAGACAGAGGGCGUACUUUGACCGAACGGCUCAGUGUCGGCAAAUGCUGGUUGGCGAUGCGGUGUUCGCGAGAAAUUACGCUGUUGGGUUGCAGUGGCUGCCUGGGGUGAUCGUCGGCACCGAUGGCCCGGUGUCUUACGUGGUCCGUUUGUUUGAUGGCAGGCUUUGGAGACGGCAUGGUGACCAGCUGAGGAGGCGGCAGUCAGCUGAGCCGAUCAGUCCGCCGGAGGCGGCGUCACGGGAGGUCCGGCGGCCGUCGUCCGAUGCUGCUGUCCAGCCCGGGCGACCAGGUGGAGCGUCUCAGGGGACUGCACCGCCGGCACCGCUGUCGUCCGCCGUGCAGCCGUCGCAGUCGCGGCCGGGGGCGCUCACUCAGCAGCCGCCUCCGCCCAAUGUUCGGUCGUCGCCGACGCGGCCGGGGGUACCGGCUCAAUCGUCGCAUCGGCCGUCGCCCGUCUCCGCCCCGUCGUCACUCGAGCCGGGUGGGCCGCCGCAGCCGUCGGCGGACGUUUGGCCGUCGUCCGCUCCGGGAACGUGUCCGGCGCCGAGCUCACCGGAUGGGACUGGGCCUCAUCCAGAGGUGGCGACAUCUGUGGAGCGGACAUUGCGGCGCUCGACUCGAACGCGGAGAGCGCCUGAGCUAUAUCAGGCAGGGAGUGGGAUGUGAUGGCCUGUUACCUGUACUAGUGUUACGAGGAAGUGCUUAGUUAAGGAAGGGGGAGUGUAGUGUAUUGCUCUGCCUUGAUGCUCUAUUGCUCUGUCACGGAUCGGUGAGGUCACGGCUUGCCGUGACGUCAGCGCGUAUGUGUACUGCCGCCGCGUCUGCCCUGGGGCACGGUGGGGUCGGCCGCGGGCCGGUUGGGGCCGCGGGCCGGCAGUGCGCUGGGUGAGCCAAUACAGUACAGACCAGUUCGUUACAAUUCAUUCAAUCAUGUUUCAUUUAGAUGCGCACGUCCAUCAGAGGACUGCAAUGCCAGAUUCAUGCGCCUCUGCGCGAGGAUCAAUAAAAUCAAGAUCAGUGAGACAAAGUGAUCAUGUAAAAGAAGAGAUAGAAAAUUAUUGUUCAUGGUGGAUUUUAGUGUUUUGUAAGAUGCCGAUUUUUACAAUAAACCAAUAUGAUAUCGCCAUA